UGCCGUGGGAGCAUCGCAUCCAAAUGAAGCGUUAUUACAGCUGAGUUUUCUCGGGCUGUGGAAAUGUUUCGACGAGGCGCGGUGCUCUGCCUUUACUUGAUGCCUUGUGGCUUUUUCACCCAAGUUGGGCUGUGGUGACCGAGACUGCUGUUAUCUGCGGAUGUCCCUGACCAAUUCGAGCGUCUUUCUGCUGAACGAGGGUUCAGCCGAUUCCUACACUAGUCGACCCUCUGAUUCCGACCUGUCCCUGGAGGAGGACCAGGAGGCGUCUCGGCGUGAAGCCGAGCGCCAGGCUCAGCUGCAGCUGGAGAGAGCCAAGGCUAAAUCAGUAGCAUUUGCAGUGAGAACCAAUGUGAGUUACUGUGGGGCCCUUGAUGAAGAUUGUCCAGUCCAAGGUGCUGCAAUUAACUUUGAAACCAAAGACUUUCUGCACAUAAAAGAGAAAUACAACAAUGACUGGUGGAUUGGUCGGCUGGUGAAGGAAGGGGCAGACAUCACUUUCAUCCCCAGUCCAGUCAAACUUGAGGCCAUGAGGAUAAAGCAAGAGCAGAAAGCAGCAGCUAGGAAAGGAGGGAACGCGUCAUCCGGAGGCUGGAGGUCCACCCCUCCAUCUGCAGCCAAACAGAAGCAGAAACAGACUGAACAUGUUCCCCCAUAUGAUGUGGUCCCUUCAAUGCGGCCGGUGGUCCUGGUGGGUCCUUCGUUGAAAGGCUACGAGGUAACAGACAUGAUGCAGAAAGCUUUGUUUGACUUCCUAAAGCACCGAUUUGAUGGCAGGAUCACUAUUACCCGGGUGACCGCUGAUCUGUCAUUGGCAAAGCGCUCAGUGCUGAACAAGAAAGCCAUAAUGGAGAGAUCCAACACACGCUCAAGUCUGGCUGAGGUCCAGAGUGAAAUAGAGAGGAUCUUCGAGCUGGCCAAGUCUCUUCAGCUGGUCGUCCUGGACGCAGACACCAUCAAUCACCCAGCACAACUCCUCAAAACCUCUCUGGCUCCCAUCAUUGUUUACGUCAAAGUCUCAUCACCUAAAGUUCUUCAGAGGUUGAUUAAAUCUCGAGGGAAAUCACAAAGCAAACACCUCAAUGUCCAGAUGAUGGCGGGGGACAAGCUCGCUCAGUGUCCACCUGAGAUGUUUGAUGUCAUCCUGGAUGAGAAUCAGCUGGAAGAUGCAUGUGACCACCUUGCAGAGUACCUGGAAAUUUAUUGGCGUGCUACGCACCUCCCCUGUUCUGCCCCAGUGAAUCCCUUGCUGGACCAAAGUGUGAUAACUCCACCUUCUGCUAACUCCAGCCAACAGUUUUCUGAGACUCAAGAGUUGAUAGAAUGAGCACUACUUCAGAUGUAGGAGCAGCUUGUGCUGUCAGCUGGGGUCAGACAGUCGUAGCGCACAGGGACCAGGGCACCACCAGGGGGCAGCAGCAGUCCUCGUCUCUCCAAACCUGGCCACCACCUUCUCCAGCCACACCUGGGCCAAAGAAAAGAGGAAAAGCAGAGUAUGGUGAGAGAGAAGGAGCAGGAGGCUGGUGAGCUGGAAGGAGAGAAGACACAAAAAACAGGAAAACAAGAAGAAGGAGGAGAAUGAUUUGAUUAAUGCUGCAACAGAAGAAGGAGCCUCCACCUUACUGCUGCCCCCUCGGCAAAAGCUCCCUGCUCCCACUACCACGCGACAACUCAGGGCCAAUUUCUACAGCUCCACGUGCACUGGUAUUUCAGAAAAACAGUGUAGCAGUGAAGUUACAACUCACUAUCUGCCCCCUUUCUCAUAUUUUUCUCUCACCGUGACCUUAAACCUGUACCUCACUCCCCGCUUUUACAUUUGAAGUCACGUCUCCCACCUGACAAAGGUGCGCCAGCCUACGUUUGCUCACACAGGCAGAUUCACCUCUCACUGUAGCUACAUCACACACCUGUAAAGUUCAGAGGAAGUUAGCCUACAGUCCUGUAGCAUAGCAAAGCUACCAGUGUAAAACCUAUACACCCUCCCAACACAGGGUUCCAGGGGGUCUGUGUCUGAUACACGCCACUUAAAGAGGGUGACAGAAAAUCAGCUUUGUAUGUCUUCCAUCUCUGCAGCUCUCGAUGAGUUGUCAUUCCAAAUGUUUAACCAAAUGUUUUCUCUACAGCACAAAUGCAAUGUCAGAGGCAUCAUGUUGUCACUUAUGUUAGAGGACUCUUACUUUCCCUUACUUGCAGCUCCUGUUUUAUGUUAUUCUUUCUAUUGACCUUUUUACUGUAACUGUCGUUACUACUGUUUAUAAUUCGUAAGCUCACUCUCAGUGUCACUGAUUGCAUAUCUGUACACAACAGUGAUGCUGAACACAUGUAUAACAAGCACAGACAUGCACA